AUGAAUUACUCUCGAUUCAUCACCACUGUGAGUGCAUCAAGAAAAGCAUCUCCGAUAAGGCUUCUGAGUGAGUUUUUUCCUUUCACUCCAGCUGAAUUGAUGCAGAAGUCUCCUCCAUCUCUCAUCUCUCUGGCUGGAGGAGCACCAAACCCUAAUGUUUUUCCAUUUAAGAGGGCUACAGUCACCAUUGGACAUGGAACUGCUGUUGAGAUUGGGGAAGAUUUGAUGAAGAGAGCUCUCCAGUACUCAGCCUCAGCAGGGAUUCCAGAGCUGUUGUCUUGGCUAAAGGAUUUCCAACGGAAUCUACAUAAUCCUCCCACAGCCGACUACAGUCCUACGCAAGGACAAAUGGAAGUGUGUGUCACAACUGGCAGCCAAGAAGGCUUGUGUAAAGUGUUUGAAAUGCUCGUUAAUCCUGGGGACAACAUCCUUUUGGAUGCACCUACAUACUCUGGGACACUGGCAGCUCUGAGACCCUUGGGUUGUAACAUAAUUAAUGUUCCUAGUGACCACCAUGGCAUUAUUCCAAAAGCUUUAAAAGAAAUUCUGUCUUCUUGGAGCUCAGAAGAUGUAAAAAAUCGUAGCCACCACCUCCCCAAAUUCCUGUACACUAUUCCAAAUGGCUGCAACCCAACUGGAAACUCUCUCACCACAGAGCGCAAGAAAGAGAUUUACCAGCUUGCAAGAAAAUAUGAUUUCCUCAUAAUAGAAGAUGACCCUUACUACUUUCUUCAGUUUGAAAAGCCAUGGGCUCCAACUUUCCUCUCAAUGGAUGUGGAUGGCCGAGUUAUCAGGACUGACUCUUUCUCUAAAAUCCUCUCUUCUGGGUUAAGAAUAGGUUUUCUGACAGGUCCCAAGCCUCUCAUCGACAGAGUAAUUCUACACAUUCAGGUUUCAACAAUGCACACCAGCACUUUCACACAGAUUAUGAUAUCACAGCUUCUUCAGCAAUGGGGAGAAAAGGGUUUCUUGGAGCAUAUAGACAGAGUGGUGGAGUUCUACAGGAGCCAGCGGGAUGCAAUGCUCGUGGCUGCUGACAAGUGGUUAAAAGACUUGGCAGAGUGGUACCCUCCUGCUGCUGGCAUGUUCCUGUGGAUCAAAAUUAAAGGUGUUUCUGACACACAGCAGCUGAUCAUGGAAAAAGCUUUGCAGAAAGAGGUGUUACUUGUUCCUGGAGGAGCAUUCAAUGUCGACAGCUCAGAGCCUAGUUCUUACGUCAGAGCCUCCUUCUCUCUUUCUUCUCCAGCUCAGAUGGAUCUGGCCUUCAAGAGACUGGCUGACCUUAUAAAAGAAGCUUUAUGAAGAAGCUAAAUAGAGCUCUUGGAGCAAUCAAAAUCGACUCUGGAAAAUAUCUG